AUGUUCCCCCUCUCCCUGGGGUCAGUCUCCUUCCCCAAUCUCCUACCUACGCCCCCAAUGGGCUUCAACAAUUGGGCCCGCUUCAUGUGCGACCUCAACGAGACGCUCUUCGUCGAAACCGCGUCCGCAAUGAUCUCAACCGGCCUCCAGGAAGCAGGCUACAACCGCCUCAACCUAGACGACUGCUGGAUGGCCUACGAGCGCGCCCCAGACUCCUCCCUCCAAUGGAACACGACCAAAUUUCCCCACGGCAUCCCCUGGCUCGCCCACCACCUCAAAGCCCAAGGCUUCCACCUAGGCAUCUACCAGGAUGCAGGAAACCUUACCUGCGGCGGGUAUCCCGGCUCAUUCGGACACGAGGCCAUCGACGCCCAAACCUUCGCAGCCUGGGGAAUUGACUAUCUAAAGCUAGACGGGUGCAACGUCUUCCCGGAGCACUCCCGCACCUUAGAAGAAGAGUACAAAGCCCGCUACGCACACUGGCAUGCGGUCUUGCAGCAGAUGCACCCCCCGCUCAUCUUCUCCGAAAGCGCUCCGGCCUACUUUGCCGAAACCCCCAAUUUGACCUCCUGGUACGAGGUCAUGGAUUGGGUCCCUGCCUUUGGGGAAUUGGCGCGUCACUCAACUGAUAUCCUCGUUUAUGUCGGACAGGGCAGCGCCUGGGACAGUAUCAUGGUGAACUAUCACUAUAACACGCUGCUGGCGCGAUACCAGCGGCCCGGGUACUUUAAUGAUCCGGACUUUUUGAUAUCGGAUCAUCCUGGGUUGACGCUUGAGGAGAAACGCUCGCACUUUGCACUGUGGGCGUCGUUUUCAGCGCCAUUGAUUAUUAGUGCGUAUAUUCCGGGGCUCUCGGAAGAAGAGUUGGCGAUCCUGAGGAACGAGGAGUUGAUCAGGGUUGAUCAGGAUGCGUUGGGGUUGCAGGCGACGUUGGCGAGUCGGGGGGCGGAGGUUGAUGUGUUGACGAGGAGUUUGGAGGGUGGGGAUCGGUUGCUUGCGGUGUUGAAUCGGGGGAAUGGGGUGGCGAUGGUUAAGGUGCCAGUUGAGUGGAUAGGGCUAGAAAGGGGGUGUACGUAUACGGCUAAAAAUCUGUGGGAUGGGGAGGUGCAGGUGGUGGAGGAGGAGAUGAUGGUCAGGCUGGACUCGCAUGCUACGCAGGUGUACAGGAUCACUUUGCCGGAGGAGUGCUCUGCGGUCAUUCCGACGGGGAUUGUGUUCAAUACAGCGUCGGGGAACUGUCUCACGGAUGGAGAUGGUGGGAGGGUUGGGUUCGAGGCUUGCAAAGGAUCGGACACGCAGAUUUGGCAGGUGACUGAGCUGGGAAAUCUACGUCCGCUAUCAAGAACGUCGCAUUGUUUGACUGCAAGCAGUCAAAUAUCUGUUGAGUUGUGCACUGGACACCAAGACCAGAAGUGGACUUAUGCGAUAACCGGAAAUCUCAAGACUGAAGGCGCUAAGAUGUGCUUGACGGAGGGGGGAGGAAUAUCUCAAUGUGGGUUGGAAAAAGACAGCCAGGUAUUCGGUCUGCCCAGUGGUGUAGACGUCAAGUCCAGUUAG